AUGAAGACAGCAUUCGGCAAGCCCAUGAGGCAACAGUUUCUCUUCGACGGCUCUUGGGUAAACAUGAACCACGGCUCCUUCGGCGCCAUCCCCAAAUACGUCCGCAAGUGCCUCCUCGAGAAGCAAGACCUCGUGGAAACAUCUCCAGACGCCUUUAUUCGCUAUGAUUACAGUAAACACCUCCUUGAAUCACGUAAAGCUGUCGCCGACCUGGUCAAUGCCCCGCUGGGAACUAUAGCCCUAAUCCCCAACGCAACAAGCGGCAUUGACACUAUUCUCCGCAACCUCGACUACACAGCCCGCGACCACAUUCUAAGCUUCAGUACAGUCUACGGCGCCGCAGAACGCACGAUGCUCCAUCUCGCCGAAACAACUGGCGUGAACGUCACCCGCAUCCCUCUCGCCUACCCCCUCUCCGACGCGGAAGUUCUACACAGGCUCUACCGCACCGUGGCCCAAAUUCGCGAAAAAGACGAAGACAUCAAAGUGGUCGUCUUCGACACCAUAGUCUUCGAGCCCGGCGUGCGCAUGCCCUUCGAAGCCCUGAUCACCGCCUGCCGCGAGCUGGGUAUUCUCUCUUGCGUCGACGCCGCCCAUUGCGUCGGCCAAAUUCCCAUUGAUUUAUCCGAUCUGGAACCGGACUUCUUCGUCAGUAACCUGCACAAAUGGCUCUUCGUCCCGCGCGGCUGUGCCGUGCUCUACGUCCCCUCCCGGAACCAGCAUCUGAUGCGAACGACGUUUCCUACGAGUUGGGGUUAUAGGCCCAAGAAUGCGACUUGUCAGGGUCAGUUCCGGCAGACAUUCGACGAGCAAUCCGAGUUUGAGACCUUGUUUGAGAGCUUUGGGACGAUGGAUUAUAGUCCCUUUCUCUGCGUAGCUGAUGCGUUGAGGUUUCGGAGGAUGGUCUGUGGGGGUGAGGAGGAGAUCAUGCGGUAUAAUAGCGAGCUAGCUGCUCGGGGGGGACGGACGAUGGCCGAAACCCUGGGGACGGCUAUCUUGGAUAAUGCGGAGGGGAGUUUGACCAGGGGGUGUAGUAUGGUUAAUGUGCGAUUGCCGGUUGAUCCGGUGGGCAUGCUGGAGGAAGUUGGGGAGUGGAUUGCAAAGGCGCUGGUCAGGAGGCAUAGGACUUAUGUCCCGGUGUUUGUGCAUGCGGGACAGCUUUGGGUUAGGGUGAGUGCGCAGGUGUAUCUUGAUGAGGAUGAUUUCGUGUUCUUGGGGGAGGCUUUGAAGGGGCUUUGUGAUGAGGUUGGGGAUGGGGUGUUUUCUAGUCGGGCUUCACGCUUGUAG